AUGCAGGUUAUUGUGCAACUACUCCGUAGCGUAAACUCGUGGCGAAAAUCGAAUCGCAACCGUUCGCCCAAACGUGACCCUCCCCUCGCCCUCGCUUUCCUUUCCCACGCUUCCGCUCUCUUUCGCCCGCGUCGUCGCCAUCGCUUCUGCAGCUCGUCGCGUGCCCGUCGCCUUCGCUCCGCUGGUCGCCUUCACAUCUCCCCCGUCACCUUCAUCCCCCCCCCUCUUUCGUUGCCUUCAUUUCCCCCUCCCGUCGCCUUCACUUCCCCCUCCCGUCGCCUUCACUUCCCCCUCCCGUCGCCUUCAAUUCCCCCUCCCGUCGCCUUCAUUUCCCCCUCCCGUCGCCUUCAUUUCCCCCUCUCGUCGCCUUCAUUUCCCCCUCCCGUCGCCUUCACUUCCCCCUCCCGUCGCCUUCACUUCCCCCUCCCGUCACCUUCACUUCCCCCUCCCGUCACACUCGCUUCCCCACCCGUCACAUUCACUUCCCCUCCCAUUGCCUUUCACUCUCUCCUGCUCAACCUCUUUCCCCCUGCUCACUCUCUUCCCCCCUGCUCAUUCUCUUUCCCCCUGCUCACUCUCUUCCCCCCUGCUCACUCUCUUCCCCCCUGCUCACUCGCUUCCCCCCUCCUCAAUCUCUUUCCCCCUGCUCACUCGCUUCCCCCCUCCUCAUUCUCUUUCCCUCUGCUCACUCCCCUUGUUCUAACCCCACUUUCCCCAUUUCUCACCCAUUUUCCCCCUUCACGCUCUCUUACCCCCUCUGCUCGCCCCUGUUUUCCCAACUCACGCCUAUACUCACUCUCUCCCCCCCUGCUCACUCUCUUCCCCCCCUGCUCACUCUCUUUCCCCUUGCUCACUCUCUUUCCCCCCUUCUCACUCUCUUUCCCCCUUCACGCUCUCUUUCCCUCCCUUCCGCUCGUUGCCCCCCUUCGUCUCGCGUUCGUCCCCUCGCAAUCCCCGUCUCUCUCCCCCCGUCGCCCUCGUUUUCCCCGUCGCCCUCCCUUCCACUCCUCGUUGCCCUCGCCAUCCCUCCCUUCUCCCUUCCCAUCUCGAACACUUGUCACGCCCCCUUUCCAACCCGCACAUACACCCUUCCCUUCUUCCUUGUUUCCUCGUAUCCCCUGCGCUGCUUCCCCCCAUCCUCCGACUUGCUCCCCCCAUCCCCUUCCCUGCUUCCCCCCAACCCCUUCCCUGCUCCCCCCCAUCCCCUUCCCUGCUUUCCCCCUUCCCCUUCCCUGCUUCCCCCCGUCCCCUUCCCUCCUUCCCCCGUCCCCCUCCCAGCAUCCCCCCAUCCGCUUCCCUGCUCACCCCCAUCCCCUUCCCUGCUCCCCCCCAUCCCCUUCCUUGCUUCCCCCUAUCUCCUUCCCUGCUUCCCCCUAUCGCCUUCCCUGCUCACCCCUGCUCCCUCUGGGUGGGGCGGAAUGGAGUGGGGCAGAAAGGGGUGGGGUUGAAUGGGGUGGGGCGGGGCGGAAUGGGGUGAGGCGGAUUGGGGAGAUGAGGGAUGGGGAGAUGAGGGAUGAGGAGAUGAGGGAUGGGGAGGUGUGGGAUGGGGAGGAGAGGGCUGGGGAGGAGAGGGAUGGGGAGGUGAGGGAUGAGGAGGUGAGGGAUGGGGAGAUGAGGGAAGGGGAGAUGAGGAAUGGGGAGAUGAGGAAUGGGGAGAUGAGGGAAGGGGUAAUGAAUGAACGUGUAUGCGACGGAAGGGUGCUGCUGACCACGCACCCUCCCACACCCCACGCGAUGGGAAGGGAUGAGAGGGUGGGCGCCAUGGGUAGAGAAGCGAUGGUGAAUAGGGGGAACGUGAUGGGCAGGGGAGUGAUGACGACGUGGAGAGAGGAGGAGAGAAGGGAGGUCGGCGGGAAGGCUAAGCGAGGACGAUAG